GUUGGAGCCGCCGGGGGCGCCUCUGAGCAUGGGCAGAGAGCCGCGCGGGGCCCGGGGGCUCCGGGCCCUCCCGCCGGUCCCCGGCGCCCGCCCCUCUCCCCGCGCGUAGGCCACGGGGGCACCGCCGCGGGGGCGCCCGGGAGCCGCCGCGCCGCCGAAUGGCCGCCUCCGCCUGGUGGCGCUGCUUCUUCCUCUACGACGCCUCGAAGGUGCAGGGCGAGGGGGACCCCACGCGCGCCGGGAUCUGCUGCUUCCACCCCCGCCAGACCCCUCGGGACGAGCAGGAGCUGCUGUGCGGGCAGAUCGCGGGCAUGGUCCGCUGCGCUCUGGACAUCUCCGGCGCCCCGCCGGGCCUCAUCCGGCUGCGGAAGCUCAAGUUCGCCCUGGAAACCGAGGGGAGCUACCUGUGGGUCCUGGGCUGCGCUGCCAGCCUCUCAGACCUUAGCUGCAGGCGGUUCCUGGAGCAGCUGGUCGGACUUUUCCGCUUCUACAGUGGGCCGGUUUCUCGGGCUUACAAGGAGCGUUCACAGGAGGAUCUGGACCAGGAGUGGGAGCAGUACCUGAACCAUCUGCAGCAAAACUCCACUGACCUCCACCGGAUUUUUAAUUCCCUCUGGGCCUUAGACAAAACCAAGGUGGACCCUUUGCUGUUGUUGAAAGCAGCCCUUAUUCUGCAGAGCUGCCAGCGUUCUCGCCACGUGCUGGCCGGGUGUAUCCUCUACAAGGGCCUGGUGGUCAGCACGCAGCUUCCUCCUGAGCUCACCGCCAGGGUUUUGCUGCAGAAGGGAGCAGAGGAUGGAAGUAGUGGGCCAGAAAAGGGGGCAGCCCAGCUCCAAUUGGGCGGUUCUCUGGGCCCUUUUGCACCAAUGACUUUACCACCAGGGGUCUGUGUCACACCUGUUUACCUCUUGGAGGAUGAAGCAGCCGCCCUUCGGGAAUUGCCUCUGGAGUGGGUGACUGGGGGGUCCCAGGGAGACCUGGCCAGCACCAAAGGUGGUGAGACUCCCAAGGGAGGGACAGAUGGACCCGAUGUGGCCCCGUUGGUGAGGAUGGCCUUGUACGUUCACUACAUCCGGGGCCUGGUGCUGGCGCUCCUGGCUGAAGAGCCCUUGGUGAGCUCUGCAGACUUCAUCAAGGACGUGUUCCACAGCAGCUUGGCUUCCCUGAACGGCCUGGAGGUCCACCUGGUGGAGACCCUUCCGAAGGGCGCUCCCCCCUCGGCCAGGAGUACCUACAGCUUUGCUCACUAUGAUGCCGUCAGGAACAUCCUCAGCACCAACUUCCUGCAGAGCAGCAGUCCCGAAGACCAGCUCUUCCUACAAGCCACCGGCCUGAUCCAUGCCACCUUUGAGCAGCUGCCCACUGCAUCCGAAUUAACGCUCAGGAAUGCCACCACGGCGGUCUAUGGCUGCCGGAACGCCAUCCAAGAGGCCUACUUUCAGCAGAGGGGCUCCCCUCUCCGCAACUCAGGGGUGCCCAGCCCCCAGGACAGCGUCGUCAGUCUGCCCGGCAAGGCGCGGCAGAAGCUGCUCAAGCACGGGGUGAACCUGCUCUGAAGCAGGAGGGGUGCUCCUGGCAGCAGGUCUCUGUGCAAGCCCCAGCCAGGGCUUCCUCAGUCCCAGCGCCGGUGCUUUUCAACCUUGCCAAACGCUUCCGGCCCAUUCGCUGCACGGAGCGGGACCUCGGUGCCCCUGCCUGGCCUUCCCAAGGUAUGCCAGCCAGUGGCCUCUGCCCUAAAGAAGCAGUGCCUGUUGGCCAGAGGAAGCAAUCCAGCUGCUGCCACAUCUCACGCCCUGCCUGCCUUGGGUGGGUUCCAAAUUCCGGCAGGGGGAAGCCCUCUGGUGGGGCACCAUCUCUCCGCCCCUUCACCCUCCCCAAAGAGUACAAACGUAGCCCCCUUCCAACCUUGGGAGACAGACAGGGACUCUCUUGUACUCACAGAACCCCACGCCUCUGCCCUUGGAGAGUGACUUCACUGCAAGGCGGAGCCCUACCAGGCUUCCCCCCACCAGAAGAAGAGGGAGGGUCUGCCUCAGUGGGCAACUUUCCUCCGUUCUCUCUGGAAGGCAUUUUCUGAGUCACAGAGGGUGGCAUGGAGGGAAGCCUUGCUUCGUCCCGCCUUUACCCACAUUGCUGAUGGCACUCCGCCAGGCUCUCCUGUUGGUGGGGUGUCUACCUCUCUGAGGGUCUCCAUCCCCUUCCCCCACCUGAGAUGGGCUGAUGCCCAUUUCCAUUCCCUCUAGCAAGCCAAGGGGGGCUCCCUGCUCAGCAGCUCGUUCUGCAGAAAAGCUGCAUCUUUGGGGGGGGUGCGUGCGUCU